GCUCCGUCACCGUCACCGCUUCCAGGAGAACCAUUGCCCGGCCCCUUCGCGUGGGGCGUUUCCCUGACGGCUCAGAAAAAAACAAACCCCCGUCGCCUGGGCCAUGGCUGCGGGUAACGCCGUGGAAAACCUCCAGGAGGAGACCACCUGCGCCGUCUGCUUGGAUUUCUUCCGCGAUCCCGUCAUGCUCCUGACUUGCGGCCACAAUUUUUGCCGCCGUUGCCUCGAUUGUUGCUCCACAGAUGCCUCUGGGGUCGGUUCCUGCCCCCAGUGCCGUUUACCUUUCUCUCGCGAUGGCUUCCGUCCCAACCGGCAACUGGCCAAUGUGGUGGCCGCCGUCCAGGAGUUGGCAACGCCAGUGGGGGACGAGAUUUGCCGGCGGCACCAGCAACCCCUCACGUUUUAUUGUCGCCGGGAUGGGAUUCUCCUCUGCGCCGCCUGCGCCGAGCAUCACCCACACCCCACCGUGCCCAGCGAAGAGGCUGCUCGUGAGUACAGGGAGCGAUUCGCAGCUUCCCUAAAAGCCCUGCAAGAGGAGGACGAGCGACGCGCCGGGCUGGUGGUGGCAGCAGAGGAGAUGAGACGGGAGAUGCUGACUCGAGUGGAUGCUGAGAAGCAGAAGCUGCUGGUGGUGCUGGAAGGGCUUCGUCGGGCACUGGGCGAGCAGGAAUCGCGGUUUUUGAUCCGUCUGGGGCGUCUGCGCCGAGGGCUGGAGGAGCAACGCCGCAGUGAAGCUGCCGAACUGGCCCGGCUCCGGCAACGCCGCACUGAGCUCCAGGCCAAGUGCCGGCAACCAGAUGGUGACCUCCUACGGGAUGCCCAAAUCACCCUCAGCAGGGAAGGGAAACGUGGGGGUUUCUUGGCACUAAACACCCCAAUUUGCCUCCCCCCGAGGUGCACGGAGUGGAAGGCACAACCGUCGCUUCCACCAAUGCCGGAGCUGGAAGCAGAGCUUGAGGAUUUUGUCUUGAAAACCAAUGUGCUCACAGAAGCGGCGACGCAGUUUAAAGCCAUCGUGGGGUGCCCACUGGAGGAAGACUCGGGGGGAUAUCGGAGAGCAACCGUGACGCUGGACCCGGCCACAGCUCACCCCCAAAUCCUGGUGUCAGCAGACGGCCGGACCGCGGGACGUCGGGAAACCCCCCAGGCUCCUCUUCCCUCAGGAGCCGAGCGAUUUGAGUCUCUACGUUGCGUUUUGGGGCGUCAGGGUUUCGCCGGGGGCCGGCACCGUUGGGCCGUGGAGGUUCGUCCUGGUCCCGACUGGGCGCUGGGGGUGGCUCGUGAGUUCGUCUCCCGUAAAGGUUGUUUCGGUCUCAGCCCUGAACGAGGGGUUUGGGCUGUGGGGCAGUGGCUGGGGCAGCUGCGGGCUCUCACCUGGCCCAGCCCCACAUCUCUGCCCCACAGCCGCGUGCCCCGGCGCAUCGAGGUGACUUUGGAUUACGCCAUGGGGCGGGUGGCUUUUCGCGAUGCUGACAGCGAAACUGAAAUCUUCGCCUUCCCCCCAGCUGCUUUCGCUGGCGAACGACUGCGGCCGCUGCUGUGGCUGGGUGAGGGGCCAGCUCUGCUCACCCUCUGCCCCUGAGCCCCCCAAAAAUGCCACCCUUCCACCCCCUUGACCACCCCUUCACUCAAUAAACAGCCCCCACACCCCUCCCAACCCCAUUUGCUUUUCCUUUUAACACCUAAUUUAGCAAAAUUAAUCACAUUUCACCCCCCUGCUCCUCGAUGGGUUUGCACAGACUCAAAAGUCCCCUGAAAAUACAAUUUUUUGCAGCUCUGCUGGGCAGUUUUCCAGUGAAAAUAAGCCUUGAAAAGGGAAAAAACCCAAGGGAAUAUCUUGCUCCCCACUGUGGCUUCACAGCUCUCACCCCAAACCCCUUCCCCAAAGCAAAGCCCACCCUGAAUGCACAUUUUUCACUCAUGUAAUUAUUAUUUUUUAAAGGGGGGGGGGUAAAGAAAGAGAAGGAAAUUGCACAGGAACCCAGAGCAGAGCAGGAUUUUGUAUGCUGGGGAGAGGGGCUGUACUCAAUAGAUUUUUUUUUUUUUUUUGCCAAUUUUUGUUGGGUUUCUCCCCCCUCAUCACACUACAUUUCCUUGUGAGAAAAUACCCUCAAUAGGAGAACGAGGAGAUUUUUGUUUCCCCAGCUGUUCGUUAAAGGAAACAAGACCCAGAAAAACAGGGAGAACCCCUAAAAAACAUGAGAGCUCAAAUUUGAGGAAGAAAAGGGGCUUUGUUGCUGCUGGUAGAUGUCUCGUAGGAAGGUUUUGCAGACGGAGAAUUCUCAGUUUAAGAUUUGCACAGAAAUUAGGGGAAAUGGGAUAAAACCACUUCUUGCGCCUCCCAGGAUGGCUCAAGGCUGGGGCCUCCCCGUGGUUUUGCAAUCGCUGCCAGAAUGUGAGCGGAGAGAGAAGCCGUGGAUAGGAUUUCAUCCCCAUUUCACCACCUAUGAGUGACCAGAAGGGGGAAAAAUAAACAAAAGCAGCAUCUUAAGACAGCAAGAAGGCAUUAUUAGGGUUAAACUAUGUAAUAAAGCGCUGUUAUCAGGCAGCACAGGCAAGAUUGAGCGCGUCUCUGCCUCUUACAGCCCCAAGCACACUGCCUCUGCUGCCAGAAUUCCCUCCCCGCGGCCGCAGAGAAUCGUGACUUUGGUCUGAGGAAGAGGUGAAACCACAGGGAAAGGCAGUGGGGAAGGCGUCUUUUUUCAUCUUGAGGGCCCCAACUAGGCAGCAGCAACUUUAAAUAAGGCCCUUGACAAACCCACAACAUUGCAGCUCACUGCUAAACCCAAAUUACAGCCCAGCUCAGUUUGUAAUUAGUCAUUGUCCCGCUUGGUUCAUGGCAAGGUCACGUCACCAUCGAAACACAAGAGCUUGUUAACAGCACAAGGUCCAUCGAUGCUUCACGUAAAUCAAAGUGCUUCUUCACAGUGUCCUGCUCCAAUGAGCUUCCAACACUCUAUUUCCUCUGAAAGGCUUAAUAGAUAGUUAAUCUGAAAGUCCAUACAGGAAAAAU